CUCUCUCGCUGUCUAGCGUUGUGUCAGUCCGUCUUGGUCAGUCUGUAGGUCAGUCUGUAUCCGCCAAUCCGACUUGGGGAGUAAAACCUAUAACCUGCUGCUGCUUUCGCGAGCUUUUACCGCUCUUCCUCACUUUGAUCACCUGGAUUUAUUAUCACCUGGAUCUCGGAAGCUCGAGGAGGAACCAUGCUGAUCCUGCUGUGUGGCAUCGUACUCCUGCACGUUGCAGUCCUGGCACUGCUCUUCGUCUCCACUAUAGUCAGUGCCUGGACUACCAGCUCUACCAGUAGCUCAGACUUGUGGGUGAACUGCACUACAAUCGAAACGUACAAAUGCGUGGAUGCAGACACCGGAGUUUGGAUCCAGGCAGUGCAGGCGGUCAUGAUCCUGUCGAUCAUCUUCAGCUUCCUGUCGCUCAUCUUGUUCUUCUGCCAGCUCUUCACUCUGCAGAAGGGCGGACGCUUCUUCCUAACCGGCGCCUUCCAGAUCUUGGCUUGCCUGUUCGUGAUGAGCGGCGGCAUCAUCUACACGGUCAUGAAUCCCAACUGGGUGCCCUCGAACAUGUCCUACGGUUAUUCCUACAUCCUGGCCUGGGUGGCGUUCCCUCUGGCGUUCAUCAGCGGCUUGAUCUACAUCAUCCUGAGGAAGCGAGAAUGAGCAGGGCGCCCCCUGUAGGCGCGGCCUCCGGACGUCUGAGCUCUGAAUCUACAGUACUGCAUCACGUCUGCGAUGUUUAAACACCGUAUGUUAUAGAAUAAGUGUCGUGUAGAAAUCAUCACCCGGCGAAGACGUGUAACAAAUGACGGUUAUUGUUUGAUGUAAAUAGUAUCGAUGGUUUAAAACUAUUUAUAACACUUUUUACAUUUAUGUACAUAGUAUUGUUGUGUGUUGACAAAGCUUGUUUUUUUUGUUUGUUUUUCGGCUAAUUAAGUGCCUAUUAAGUGUGCGUUUGUCAGAGGCAGGUGCAUUAUUAGCUAUUUUGUGUUUCAAUUGUGUUUUUCUUACACUGCCAAGAAGUUAUAAAAACGUUUGAAGUAUUUUAACCUAAGCAUGUAUUAAUUGUGACACUAAAUAAGACAGCUUUAAUCAUUUAGAGAGGCAACACAUACCGAGGACUCACACGUAGCUAAACAGAACGGUUUUCUGCUUCUAAAUGGACAUUACGUUUAUUUUUAAUACAUUUUUUCCUUUUUUUUGUCAACAAAAUGGUGCUAUGUAUUUACCAUUCCUAUAGCCGUUAAGAUUUAAGCUAACCAGAUAGAAGCGAAUGCCUGCGACACUUCUGUAAAUACAACUCACCAAAUAGACUCAUUUUAUAAUAAAACAUGUUUUAAAAAAUGCAAGACUUGAGUGUUAGCUUAGCCUGGUUUGGAAAAGUAACAGACGUAUGUUGAUGAACGUUCGUUUAUUAUUAAUAGAAGUGUAGCGUGAAUAGUUGAUGCUGUCAAAAAAUGAAGCGAAUCUUCCCAGGAUCAAUACUGUAAGUACUGUGUCAGUAUUUAGCCUUAGUUAGUUCGUUUUGUGCUAACGUGUAGCAUGAAAGACUAUCAAAACAGACUGUACAGCAGCUAUUCGCUAGCUAGAUUAUAUAUAGAUGUACAUUUCAAAGCAGUUCAUUGCUAGAGUUGUUAGUUAGCUUGAUUUCAUUCUACAGAGGUGUGCUAGCAUUGCUGAUAAAGCAAAAAAAGAUAAAGAAACCAUACUGACCAUGUAGCAAUGUAGCAUUUAACUGUAAAUUACACAUUAUACAUUAUAAAGCUGGCUGCAUUUUAGGUAGCUAGUUAACCCUUUAUCUAGUAUUAAUUUAGCAACAGAUUUACAGCAUAAAAACAACUUCUUAAAGCUUCUGACAAUUAGCAUAAUUCUAAUUAACUAGAUCUACUAUUUAUUGUGUUUUAUUCAUCAGUAGUCGUAGCUCAGCAGUUCAGAUACUGGACUAGUGAUUCAUGACUGAAGUUAUCAAUGCCAAGUUGCCCCUUUUGCCCCCCUAAACAAAGCCCUUAACCCUCAAUUGCCUGCUUAGUAUAAGUGUUUGUUAAAUGGCAGAUAUGUAACCUGAAUAUAUCCACAGAUUUUAUGUACGAGAUCGUAAUGAAACACUCUUAGCUAGGCCUUUAAAAUGCGUUAUACAUAAACGUAUAAUAUAAAUACUAAACUAUAGUGAUUACACUGAUACUUUUAUAUUGCUGUCAUUGGGAUGCAUCAAUCUAUAUGUUUACCAUGCUAAUUAUACUUUAAUAUACAUUAUACAAAUAAAAAACCCCAGUUUGUUUUAAUUAAUUUAAAUUAAUUAUUAAUAAUUAAAUCAUUAUUUUUUAGCUCCUGUAUUUUACGGGUCACCAAAGUGGACUUUCUGGUCAGCAUUCCAGACCUGGCACAUAUGCCCACUUCAUAACUCAACCCUUCUUACAAGGGUUCUUCAAAAAGUUUCCACACUUUUAAAAAUCUAUUUAUUAGGAAUUUGACAUCACAAAAACAAACUAUAUCUUAUGUACUUUUGUACACAGUCACCUUCCUUUGUGAUGCUUUUUUCCAGCGUUGUACCAACUUUUUAAUGCCAUCAGUAACAAAUGUUUUUGGUUGGGCGCAUAGCUGUGAUGAUGAUGUGCUAUCAUCAUAUGAAAAUCUUCUCCCCCUUAAAGCUUCUUUUUUAUUAAGCGGUUCAAAAAGGUGGAAAUCAGAUGGUGAUAAAUCCAGACUAAAAGUGUAGACCAAAGCAGACCGAUUACUCCUUCUACCGCCCUCAUCGCUUCCAAUGGAAAUGUAAAAGUGCGGAAACUUUUUGAAGAUCCUUUGUAUUUUAUCCGGGCUUGGGACCUGCACUGAGAGUACACUGACAAGUGCACCUCCUAAUGGCCGGGCUGUUUGGCUACUUUAAUACAGUACUGUGCUUUAAAUGAACGAUUGAACUAUUGUUUAACUUUUUAAUGCUUAUUAGGUCAACUUUUGACAGCAUCAACUAUUCCACGUAGGGUUUUAGUGCAGUUGAAGGAUUUGAGCACACGACUAAUCGUUCGGUCAGUCUUCACCGUGCUGGUUUUACGUCUUCAUGAUUAAACACUGUGUUUUUUCACUCAUAUACUGUAACAGCAUGAGGGCAUUAUCGUACCGAAUGCCGUCUUCUAUGUGUUUUAAUGCUAACUACUGUACUUCUGACUGAAGGGAAUCUUAAUAGCAGUUUGCAUGGAUUAAAAUCUGAUCAGGCAUUUACUGUGGUGGAUGUAGAGUCAUCGUUGCCUUGUUACUUGAUACUUGAAAUGGCUUCGCCGGUAUAAAACGCCUCCAUCUUAAACACUGUAAGCCCAUCAUGUGAACGCAAGGUCAUGAUCUGUAUCCCAAACACACCAAGGACCAUGUAGGAGUUUGUAGGGAAAUCCCCAAGCAUUAAAAUGAACAAUAAAUUACCAUUAACGCAACAUGUCGUCUGAUCUGUCUGAUCUCUUGGUUAUUAUGGAUUUGUCUUGUUGAUAACAGCAGAAACCUUCACUUUACAUCGCUUUGUAAACUAGGCGUGGUCAAUCCAAUUUCAAUCAGUGAGCUGCCAUUGUAGUUUAGCAUUUGAUUGAGCCACUGGGCUGACUUGUGGCUGGUGCAGGUCUAAUAAAUGCAAUUUAUUAACGUACCGAAAUUUACUCGGGGGACCAAUUCAAGUUCUUUACGUAUGGGGAAGUUUCCCUUGUCUGUCUGAGUCUUAGUUAGCGAGCUAAGCUAACUUGGUCCUGACAAAGUAUACAUAUAUGAAUUCAGAUUCUAAUUUAGCCUUUUCGACUGGGUGCAAAGCGCUUUGGUACCUGACUUGUAGUCACACUGGGUAAUGUUUGACUGUAUAAGUAAAUGCUUGUUUAAAAGCUGGGGUCAGAGCACAGGGUCAGCCUCAAGGGCCCAAGAGCUGGGAUUCAACCUCUCAACCUUUCAGUUGAAAGUCCAAAGCCCUACCCACUAGGGUACCACUGUCCCAAGAGCUCUACCCACUAGGGUACCACUGUCCCAAGAGCUCUACCCACUAGGGUACCACUGUCCCAAGAGCUCUACCCACUAGGCCCUACACACUAGGGUACCACUGACACAAGAGCCCUACCCACUAGGGUACCACUGUCCCAAGAGCUCUACCCACUAGGCUACCACUGUCCCAAGAGCCCUACCCACUAGGGUACCACUGUCCCAAGAGCUCUACCCACUAGGCCCUACCCACUAGGCUACCACUGUCCCAAGAGCCCUUCCCACUAGGGUACCACUGUCCCAAAAGCUCUACCCACUAGGACCUACACACUAGGGUACCACUGUCCCAAGAGCUCUACCUACUAGGGUACCACUGUCCCAAGAGCUCUACCUACUAGGGUACCACUGUCCCAAGAGCUCUACCCACUAGGCCCUACACACUAGGCUACCACUGUCCCAAGAGCUCUACCCACUAGGCCCUACACACUAGGCUACCACUGUCCCAAGAGCCCUACCUACUAGGGUACCACUGUCCCAAGAGCCCUUCCCACUAGGGUACCACUGUCCCAAAAGCUCUACCCACUAGGACCUACACACUAGGGUACCACUGUCCCAAGAGCUCUACCUACUAGGGUACCACUGUCCCAAGAGCUCUACCUACUAGGGUACCACUGUCCCAAGAGCUCUACCCACUAGGCCCUACACACUAGGCUACCACUGUCCCAAGAGCUCUACCCACUAGGCCCUACACACUAGGCUACCACUGUCCCAAGAGCCCUACCUACUAGGGUACCACUGUCCCAAGAGCUCUACCCACUAGGCCCUACACAUUAGGCUACCACUGUCCCAAGAGCUCUACCCACUAGGCUACCACUGUCCCAGGAGCUCUACCCACUAGGGUACCACUGUCCCAAGAGCUCUACCCACUAGGCCCUACACAUUAGGCUACCACUGUCCCAAGAGCUCUACCCACUAGGCCACCACUGUCCCAGGAGCUCUACCCACUAGGGUACCACUGUCCCAAGAGCUCUACCCAUUAGGCUCUACCCACUAGGCCACCACUGUCCCAAGAGCUCUACCCACUAGGCCCUACACACUAGGCUACCACUGUCCCAAGAGCUCUACCCACUAGGGUACCACUGUCCCAAGAGCUCUACCCACUAGGCCCUACACACUAGGCUACCACUGUCCCAAGAGCUCUACCCACUAGGCUACCACUGUCCCAAGAGCUCUACCCACUAGGGUACCACUGUCCCAAGAGCUCUACCCACUAGGCCCUACACACUAGGCUACCACUGUCCCAAGAGCUCUACCCACUAGGGUACCACUGUCCCAAGAGCUCUACCUACUAGGCUACCACUGUCCCAAGAGCUCUACCCACUAGGGUACCACUGUCCCAAGAGCUCUACCCACUAGGCUCUACCCACUAGGCCACCACUGUCCCAAGAGCUCUACCCACUAGGCCCUACACACUAAGCUACCACUGUCCCAAAAGCCCUAUCCACUAGACUUCCACUGUCCCAAGAGCUCUUACCCACUAGGCUACCACUGUCCCAUCAACUCCCAGGAGCAGUUUGCUCUUGUUUUAUUAAUUGCUGACCUAAAUUUGUAGAUGAAACUUUAGCAAGUUUAGAUUCUGAUACACUGUACGUGACCAUUUGCAUUUUAUCAUAUUGUGUGUCAAUGUCAAUGGCACGUCUUUAAAAAUCAUUUAGGUUCGUUUAAGGUGAAUCAAAAUCUUUGCUGAUUGUCUAAACUCCUGCAUCAUCUGCAUCAUCAUUGUGGCAUUGAUUUUCCAUUGCAUAUAUAUAAAAGCCUUGUGUCACAUGUGAUGAGACUGAACUUUUACUAAAUAUUUUGUCCUUUUUAGGCAACCUUAAUAGAUUAGAGUAGCGUUUGUCAUGAACACAUUACACUUUUAAAACCUGUAACUAUUAUAUUAGCAUCACACUGGUUCAUAACCUCAUUUUCUAAACCAGACCAUUCAAAUACUAGAUACUGUAUUACAGUGUUAAAACUUCUACUACUGUUAACUGACUGAGUGAGUGACUGAGUGAGAGAGUCUAGCACUGUUCCAUACUUGCAUACUACUCAUCCUACUGUGUGUAAAUACUGUUUCAGUGGUCAGAGGAGGAUGUAAAAACUCUUAUGAUGGCCGAGUUAAAAUAUCACCUCUCUGUGUAACAUGAGAAAGCUGUUCACAUGAACUUCUGCUUGUGUAUUUAUUAAAAACUAUUAAAGAAAUGUUGCUUGUCA